AUGAGAAUGAUAAAAUAAUGGAUUUUGGGAAUAUUAAAAUCUUAACAGAAGAGAUAAAAAAUUUUGGAAAAAGGGUAACUAAAAAGCUUAUUAAAUUGCAUGUUUGUAGAUUAAUAAAAAAUAAGAGUGAUUCUUAAGAUAAAAUAAUCCAUCCAUCCAAUCUUUUUAUUUGAUUUUUGCCAUCAUUAGAUGCUGCUACAUUAAUUUAUAAAUUAGGAUAGAAAUUUUAAAUUCUUAAACAAUAUAAGGUUCUAGGAUUUAUCUAUACAAAAAUUCAAUGCAAAUUUGGUUUUAUAAUAAUGUAGAUUAAUCAACAAACGGCUAUAAUAAUUUUAAAUUUGGCUAAAUUUUCUCAUUAAAUAAUAUAUGUCAAAUACCAGUAUUAAUAUUAAUUAAUUUUAGCCUAUAAAAUUUUACUCUAAAGAAAAUUUAUUAAGUAUUCCUUAUAUCUAGAUCAUUUUAAGAUAGGAUUUGGUAAGGAUUAUAAGGUUUUGUUGAUUGACUUUGAGAACAAUGAAAAAUUCUUCUUAAAAUUUAGGUUAAUCGUAUUAUAUUUAUUCAGAACUUGA